GUGUUGAGUUAGAGAGGCAGCAGAGAACACUGAUGUGCAGGAUGUGAAUAACACAGAAUAGCUACACAGGCAGACUUGGAAGAGAUCAUAUUGUUUGGUGUACAAUUGAAAACAAGACUUAACAAGAAAAAUGUAUCACUUUAAGGAUUUCUCAAAUGGUUCUAGAAGGAGCACAGGGGGUCGUGGCUGUCAAGGCAGAGGAAGUGGUCAAGGAAACCAAAGGCAUAAUCAAACCAGUGGAAGCACAGGUUUCUCUACGUUGCCAUCAGUUUUGCAAACCAAUGCUUUCCUGCCUGGGGGUCGUGGCUGCCGAGGCAGAGGAAGUGGUCAAGGAAACCAAAGGCAUAAUCAAACCAGUGGAAGCACAGGUUUCUCUGCUUCGCCAUCAGUUUUGCAAAGCAAUGCUUUCCUGACCGAUGUGUAUCUUGAUAAAGGAACCAGUACAAUGGAAAAGAACCCCAAACCUGUGCAACCUGGAUUUCGAAGAGAAAGAGCUCACUCUGAGAACAGAGCAGGGAGAGGGAUGAAACUGGAGGUACAUGGGUAUUCAGACAGACAGCAUAACAGAAACCAAUCUGGGACACAUUCCAAACAACAAACCCACUCAGCCAGAACAGCGUCAAUUCAUCCUGGUGUUUACCAGUCAAGAAAUAUUGCUUCUGCACCAAAGGCAAGAAGUAUACAGAACCUUAUGGAACUAUCUGCUCAUGAUAACACUACAGAGUUUAAGCCAGCUGGAACCAACAAAGCAAAAGCAUUCUGCACAGAGAAAAAACUAGACUAUCGUACUAUUACAAGACUUUCUUCGCUGGAACCAUCAGAAGUUAUAAUGCAACUUGUGGCUCCAAGAAGUGGCCUUAAUGAAUUUCUUAAUGAAGGAAAUAUGGCUUUUUUUAUAGUGGAAGGCUUUCUAAAACUCUUAAAGACAGCCAUUCGAUGCACAACAAGCCACCAGAAUUUAAUGUACCUCCUAAAACAAGUCCAAGGCUCAAUAUUUCUGAAGCAAAUACUUCCUUGCCACAUUAUGGAGUAUUCAAGAACAGCCACACAACAGAAUAAAACAUUUUCAUUCAUUGAAUGUACUCUAAUUUUACUCAAUGAGCUUGUGAGCAUUUUUCCUUUUAGUACCUUCACAGAAGUAACCAUAGUGAAAACACUUUUGGAAAGUGUCCUUAAGGAUUUGCCAAAAAGUGGACAGUCUGUUCCCACAGAAGUGCAACAGAAAAUGGAUUCUCUUCAAACAUUGCUUCAGCAAUUACAAGUGAAAAAGCAAAAUGGAACACUGAGAUCAGAUAACUCCAUUUAUAUUGUGGGAAAUAGGGAAGAUAUUUCUGAUGAUUUCAGGAGCUUAUCAAUCUAUCCAACACAUGAAGACAUUUAUUUGGAUAAAAAAAUAUACAUGCCUCAAAACAUUGUUAAUGGAUCUUAUCGUGAUGCAAAAUCUUAUUUAGACACCCAUUUUCGCCUACUACGUGAAGACUUUAUUCGCCCCCUAAGAGAUGGCAUUUCACAACUUGUCAGUGUGCACAGCAAAGAGAUAGCUGAGACAAAGUUUGAUGACAUUCGCAUCUACUUUAGUGCAAAGAUUUUGUCGCCAGUUUGCACCCGAGUUGGUAUUGUCCACGAGGUCAAAUUUGACAUAAGCAAGCUGAGUAAUGUACGUUGGGAGAGCUCUAGACGUCUCCUCUUUGGAGCGCUUGUCUGCCUUUCCAAAGACAAUUUCAGGAACAUGUUUUUUGCUACAGUGGCUGACAGAAAUGUCACUGAUCUUCAUAAGGGAGUCAUAACCUUAAUGUUUUGUGAAGAAAGUCGUCAGGCAUUGGAAAGUCACACUCUUAAUGACAGUUUUUUAAUGGUAGAAGCUACAGCAUACUUUGAAGCAUAUCGACAUGUUUUAGAAGGGCUGAAAGAAAUGUUGGAUACUGAAAUUCCAUUUCAGGAUUACAUUGUUCAUUGUAGUACAGCAAUUUGCCCACCUAAGUAUUUGGCACAAAACAGUACUGGUUAUAGCCUGGAAAAAUGCCUGAAAAAUCCAAAUGCCACACAAAAGCAAGGCAUCUUUAAUAUUUAUGGGCCCACGCAUAGUAACCAGUUUGACGUUCUUAACUUUAAUACAUGGCCAACAAAAGAGGAACUGGGACUUGAUGAAUCUCAGUUUGAAGCUUUUAGAAUGUCUUUAACAAGGGAACUAUCUAUUGUGCAAGGUCCUCCUGGAACAGGUAAAACAUACGUUGGCUUGAAAAUUGUGCAUACUCUUUUAGCAAAUUCUGCAUUUUGGAAGAAUGGGAAAAAUCCAAUUUUAAUUGUAUGCUUUACCAACCAUGCUCUUGACCAGUUUCUUGAAGGAAUUAUAAAAUAUCAGGCUUGUAACAUAGUAAGAGUGGGAUCAAGAAGUAACAGUGAAAUUUUGCAGAACUGUUCCCUCUCCAAAAUUCGUAGCAAAAAAAGCAAUGCAAAUCGGCCAGGGUAUAUGAGAGCCAUGCAUGGAGAGCUCUCAGGUGAAAAGAGAAAGGUGCAGCAAAUAUUGACAGAGAAGGCAUGUCUUCUGCAGAGUGCCACCAAAGGAGUUCUACAUGAAACCAUUUUGGAAAAUUACAUACCUUCUCAUCAUUUCUCCAGUCUUAUGUCACAAAAGGCAUGUACUAUGGAUCCCCUAUCAUCACCUAGGCCACCCACCAGCACCAUUGUAGAAUGGUUGGGAGUAUCUGCAGUUCAUCGAGAUAUAAGGCAAACAAUGGAAGAUUUAAUAAACUGGGAAAAAGAAGCUCUUAUGGAUGAAAGCAAUAGUGUAAAUAGCAAACCUUAUGAAGAAGACAAAGAUGAAGAUCUUAUUAAAAUUAAUGAAGAGGCUGAACUUGCAGAAGCUGAACGUAUGAUUGAUGAGGAGGAUGAUAUCAAACAGCAGCUUAUUAUGGCACGGGAGAGAGCUGCUCGAAUCCAAAAAGAGAUUCUUGCAUUUGUUCCAGAAGAACAGGACAAUGAUGAUCAAAACACAGAUCAGGAAGAAUGGCAGAUCCCUAAUGAUAUGAAGAAGAAACUGAGAAGGCUAAUAAGGCAUGAGCUGGAAAAGAUAGACCACAUGGAUGAGAGAGCAUGCAGUUCGAUCCACAAUCUUUGGCUUGUUCCACCUCGCAAACGAUGGGAAAUAUACAGAUGGUGGCGAUCCAGGUAUCUUACUGAUAUUCAAAACCAGAUUUUCACACAAGAAAAUAUGUACCAGAUAGUUAUUAACAGAAUGGCAGAGCUAAGAAAUCAGGAGGAUCUUUUAAUACUGGGGGAUGCAGAUAUUAUUGGCAUGACUACAACAGGUGCUGCUAAAUACAGAAGACUUCUCCAAAGCAUUCAACCUAAAAUUGUUGUAGUUGAAGAAGCAGCAGAAGUGCUAGAAGCCCACAUCCUUACCUCUAUAAGUUCAGGCUGUCAGCAUCUAAUUUUAAUUGGUGAUCAUCAACAGCUCCGUCCCAGCACAACAGUGUAUGAUCUGGCAAUAACUUUUAAUCUGGAUGUAUCUAUGUUUGAGAGACUAGUCAGGAUGAACGUCCCAUACGUUCGGUUAAAUUACCAACAUCGCAUGAGGCCAGAAAUUGCCACGCUUUUAACACCACAUAUUUAUGAUAAGUUGGAGAAUCAUGAAUCUGUGAUGAAUUUUGAAAAAAUCAAGGGAGUUGCUUCAAAUUUGUUUUUUAUUGACCACAAUCACUUUGAAGAUCAUAUCAAAGAAGGAAAAAGCUUCCAGAACUCUCAAGAAGCAGCUUUUGUGAAAUGUUUGUGUUCAUAUUUACUAAAUCAGGGUUAUAACCCAUCGCAAAUCACAAUUCUUACAACCUAUUCUGGACAGCUUCACUGUUUACAAAAACUGAUGCCAAAGACAAAAUUCCAAGGUGUUCGUGUAUGCGUGGUUGACAAAUAUCAGGGGGAGGAAAAUGACAUUAUAAUACUUUCAUUAGUAAGAAGCAAUUUAAGGGGCAAUGUUGGUUUUCUUAAAAUACCAAACAGAGUCUGUGUUGCCUUGUCCCGAGCCAAGAAAGGAUUGUUUUGUGUAGGAAAUAUGCAGCUCCUUUCUAAUGUUCCUCUGUGGAGCAAAAUUAAUGAUGUCUUAAAAACCAAUAGACAGAUAGGUAACCAGCUUCCACUAUACUGCCAAAACCAUCCAGAAAAAGUAACCUAUGUCUCUAAAGCAGAAGACUUUAAAGCUGUACCAGAAGGUGGCUGUAUGGAUCUUUGUGACUUUCAUCUACCCUGCGGGCAUGCAUGUGUACUGAAAUGUCAUCCUUAUGAUUCAGAGCAUAAAAACUAUGUCUGUAAUAAGCCUUGCCCUAAAGUUAUAUGUGAAAAUGGACAUAAGUGCAACAAUAAGUGUAGUCAGCCCUGUGGAAAAUGCAAACAACUAGUGCCAAAGAAACUUGAGAGAUGUGGGCACAUUCAAGAUGUACCAUGUUCACAAUCUGCUGAUAGAUAUGAUUGUAAAAGCCAGUGUCCUCAUAUUUUGCAAUGUGGUCAUAAAUGUGUUCGAUGUUGCAGUCAGACCUGUACAGUUAACUGUCCUGCAAAGGUAACUGUUACACUGAAAUGUGGCCAUACAAAUAAAAUCCUAUGUCAUUUAAAGUCUGAAGCUGAGGAAAAAGGGAUGAAAUUAAGAUGUAGUGUAAAAUGUGAAGAAAAGCUGUCAUGUGGGCAUCUGUGUCCAGGCAGCUGCAGCAGUUGUUUGGAACAAGGUUUCCACCUCCCUUGCAACAAUUCAUGUGACAUUAUUCUGUUGUGUUCUCACCGCUGUGAAGAAAAGUGCACAGCUAGCUGCUUCUGUAUUCGUGCUUGUGAAAAGAAAUGUUUCCAUGGGAAAUGCACUUCUAAGUGUAGUGAUCCAUGUACUCCUUGCACAAUGCCAUGUGGAUGGCGUUGUGCUCAUCAAAAGUGCACAAAACUUUGCUGGGAGCCUUGUGAUAGGAGGCCAUGCAAUGAACCCUGCAGUAAAUUACUGAAAUGUAAGCACCCCUGCAUUGGCCUAUGUGGAGAGCCAUGCCCUCAAAAAUGCAGAGUAUGCGAUGCCGAAGAGGUUACAGAAUUAUUCUUUGGCAAAGAAGAUGAGCCAGAUGCCCGCUUUGUCAAAUUGAUGGACUGCCAUCAUUUUUUCGAGGUAACAAAAUUCUCUGAGUGGAUGAAUCUCACAGAACAAGACCAAGAAAUCAAAUUGAAAUCUUGUCCCAAAUGCUCAAGAACAAUCAGGCAAAGCUUGAGGUUUGGUAACUUAAUAAAACAAACUUUAUCUGAUAUUGAAACAGUGAAGGAGAAAAUAGCUAGCAAAUGGCUUAAUUAUUUAGAGAUGUUCCUUAGUGAAAAAGAUGAUAUGUUAAAGCACUUUCCAGUGGCUAGCCAGGUCAUGCAACAGAUGCAAGAAGGACAAAUUUCCCUUUCAUCACUAAUGCUUUUAAAUGAGAAAAUCCAAUUCUGGCUGAAGCUUGGUGCAAUCAAAAACAAACUACAAGAGGUGCCUCAGCUACAAUCUAUUGUAGAUGAGUCCAUUCCUGCUCUUUCUGAAAAAAACAUGAAUUCUACCAAAAAAUUUGAUAUCUUUCAAAAUGAAUAUGAGUUAUACAGUUUGGCUCUUCAUGUAGAGUCAUUUUUACUAUACAGCAAAGUACCGCAAAAGUGCAUUCAAACUAUUCAAGACCUUUCCAAACAAAUAAACAAAACCUUAUCUAUGGAUGAAUUAAAGACUCAAAUAAAACAAAUUCCAGUAAAGUUGCAUCUAAUCAACCAAAUAGAGGCCCAAAAAACUGCUCUCAACACAGAACUUUUGAGACAAGGGAAAUGGUACAAAUGCUGUGCUGGACACAUUUAUACAAACAUAAAACCUAAAAUGAGUAAAAUAACCUGUCCCCAAUGCAGUGACUGCAAUGAUAGCAGUGACUAUGACAGUGAUAAAAGUGAUGAUUAGAUAAUUGUAAAAAACAUGCAGCGCUAUACCUUAUGGGAGUUUUAUUAAUUAUAAAUAUAAUUAUAUAAAUGAAUUGUGGUAAAAUAGGAUAAUUAAUUUAAUUAAUUUGAUUAAAAGGGAUAUAAACCCCAAAAAAGAAUUAUGUGACUUACUCAUAAUGGUCUUCUGAGCACUUAGUAAUUUGCACAAUUUGCGUUUAAAUAUUUUUAGCUACUGAGAUAUUAGCAGCUCCAGACAGAUUUAGGCUGCUAAUAUCAGUUAUCAGAGAUAAAAUGGAGCUUAGUAGCAAACAGUAACUCGAUCCUAGUGUAAAAACUAUAUUGCUGCCAAUGGAGCUGACAUACUCAACAAAAGAUAUUGAGAAAUGUUACUGUAACCCAACUUAUUUAUCUCUAUACCAGGUAAUGCUGAAUGAAAUUGAAACAAAUGGCUCUAUUUUAGUACAGAAAAUAGCACAGAUAAAUGUUCACAGUAAUGUUGUAUAAUUGUAUGUUCUGUAUUCCUGACCAAUCUCCCUCCCUAACCUAUUCCACUAAUUCCGUGUGUAUCUAUACAACUGUAAAAAUUAACAAUAAGUUGACAUUAUAAUCAACAAAUUCUGACUGUAGUUUUCUAGCAAUUCCUUUUACAUGUGGCUUAUCUGCAUAUGGAUCUACCCUGGUGCGACUGGCUUUAUCUCAUUUCCAUGAUUCAUAUGAUUCCCCGACUGUAUGUUGGAUGCCUAAUUAAUACCUUUUUAAAUUUAUAUUAUUAUAUUAAUAUAAAUUGUACAGGUAUGGGAUCCGUUACCUGGAAACCCGUUUUAAGUCACAGUUGGCCACGGUGACAUCUAAAUCCUCUUUUUACUGAACACUUCAUCCUCUGUGAAGGUUUUCCAGUGCAAUAUAAUCUUUGGCAUAAAUAAUAAUGUGAUUAGUAAUGGAAGAAUAGAUCAAUUACCUACAGUGCACCAUUGCAGAUUGAAGUAAGUGUAAUAUUAAAAUAAUCCUAUCACAAAAUAAAAACCUUCAACACGUCUUUUACAUUCAAAAAUGUUGGUGUAUGUGUUUUACUUACUGUAGAUAUGAUACUUUGUAAUAACAAUGUAAUGUACUGUUCAAAUUGGCAACUUUAAUAUGCAUGUGCAAAACUAUAAUAUUAUUUAUGAUGUUGUAUGUUGUUCAUUUCUUGUAUUAAAAUACAACCUAAUGCUUUCCUGA